UUUACAAUUACGGCAAAGACAAUGUUGAAAACAUCUCAUCCUAGAAUAUGGUGGGAUUUCUGCGGAGAUCGUCUUCCUAUCUUACAAAAGUAUGCCAUUCGAAUUUUGAGUCAACCAGGUAGUUCUACCUUGUCCAAGGGUUAUUGGAAUGCAUCUGAGCUAGCACAAACAAAGAAGACAAACAUGUUGACAUCUGAGAUGUUGGAUAAUAUGGUGAAUGUAAGAUUGAACUCAAUGAUGAUGGAGAAAUUCAACACAGGUAAGGAAGAAUUUAUGGCUGAAAUUUUCCUGUGUUGUCGUGGAGGGUGCUAGCUAGCCAACUACUAAACAUAUUGGUUCCGAUUGGGGUUUCAUGAACCGAACUAAGUUUCUUGUCUCAGUAACCAAGAAUCAAGUCAUAUUGCAUGAUGCAAGUGAUGAAUUUGUGGGGAUCUGGUUAGUGGAGGCAAGUUUGGCUAUGAGAUCUUUUGGCUAAAGGUAAAGUUUAAAGCCUAAUGAAGGAAAACGUAUGCAACUUCUUUUCAUUCUCCAAUCCUGUUGUAUUCUACUGCAAUAUGACAAACAAACUUAAGCCAUUUGUCAAUCGUUGGAUAGAAUUCAAGAUAAUAUUAUUGGCUUUGGACAGUGGAGUUUGUGAAUUUAAUCGUUGAGAUUAGUCUAGAUAGGGAGAUAAUCUCCUCUAUGAUUUGGAAGUUGUAUAAAAGGAAGAUGAUGUUU